UUCCCCUACUCCACCUCGAUCGAUUCGUCUCCUCCCCUCAUGGCGUCGGCGGCGAUUCUCCGAUCCGUCGCCCGCUCGCUCCGCCUCCGGCAGCCCCUGGAGCAGCCGGGGUGCCAUCGUCGAGGACCUGAGCCUCAGCACGCGCCUCCUCAGCAGCUCCGUGCCCACCGAGGCAUCGCGGAGCGAUAGACCUUAGGCUAUUCACAAUGGGGGUUUCAUGGAGGGUUUCAUGGUAUUAAUUACCAUGACACAUCAGCAUUUUUGAUGAUGUGGCACUGAUUUAAUGAAGAAAGAGAAAGAAACAGUUUCAUGGCCACGACACUGUGCUAACUCGUUUCCAAGACGUUGGAAACAGCGUGAAACCACCACUGUGACCGUGCUUGUUUCACGGGGGAUCCCGUGCGCCUCCCGCGCUCGCCUCCGGCGCGCGCUCUUCCCUGGCGAAAUCCCCGCGCGCGCCCUUCCCUCGCAAAAUCCCCGUCCUUCCUUCCCUCCCGCCCCCAAAUUUCUUCUUCUUCUCACCGUGGAACUCCAAAUCCAUCGUUCCCUGUACGCCGUCGCGGCCCCUCCAGACCGUGCUCCGGCCGCGCCCCUGCUGCCGGCGGUGCUCCCCCGCCCGGGCCCCCUGCUGCCGGCGGCGCUCCCCGCCCGCGCCCCCUGCUGCGCGGCGCUCCCCGUCCGCGCCCCGCCCGCGCCCCCUGCGAUGGAGCCAAGAAAAGAGGCAGAGACGAGCUCAGGACGGCGCCGCUCAUCCGCAGCUGCGAAGCCCCGUGGUGGCACCUCUGGCCAUGAGCAGCAGCAAGUGCCAGCAACAACAUCGCCCUGUUCGCCCUCUACGCCGGAGUCGCCACAAGUGCCUUCUGUAAUGCCACAUUUCCCGGAGUUGCAGCAUCGGCCACCAAAUCCGGCAUGGAACUUUUAUCCACAAGGAGGUUUUGUGAAUCUCAUUAACCGACCAUACAUGGCAAUGCCGUCGCAUCCACUUGGACAGAAUUUCCACAUUGUUGGUCUUGCACAAAACUUCAACACCUCUCCACCGCCGCCGCCAAGUGUUACAAGGACUCCAAAACCAUCUAGACUUGAUAAAGAAACAAUUGACAUUGAUGAUGAUGGUCAUACAGGCAGUGAGGAAACUAGGACAGUCAAGAAAAGAUAUUGGACACAAGAAGAGGAAGUGAGGCUGGCUAGUGCUUGGUUGAAUUGUUCUAAUGAUCCGAUACAUGGCAAUGACAAGAAAGGAGAUACUUUUUGGAAAGAAAUUGCUGAAUACUUCAACAAGCAUGCUCCAGCAGAUCGUCAAAGGGACGUUAAUCAACUAAAGAUUCAUUGGUCACGGUUGAAGACAUUGAUCAGCAAUUUUAAUGGGUGUUGGAGUGCCGUAUCAAAAAUGCAUACAAGUGGGUACUCCAAUGAUCAGCUAAUGGAUGAGGCUCAAAAGAUGUAUGCAAAUGCGAAUAACGGCAAGCCUUUCACGCUGGUUCAUUGGUGGAAAGCCCUCAGAAAUGAGCCUAAAUUUUGUGCACAUAUCUCACAAAUGGAUAAAGAAAAAGGUCAGAGCCGUACCAUUGACAUUAUUGAAGACAAAGAUCAGCAACCCCCACAACGACCUAUAGGAAGAGAUGCAGCCAAGGCUCAAAAGAAUGGCAAGCGCAAGGUAGAAGAGGUACUAGAUGGUAUUGUUCUUCUCGGGGAGAACAUAAACAAAAUUGUUGAAGUGCAACAAGAACGUAAACAAGAGCGUGAAAAAGUGGCUGCAGCUCAACUGGAAAUCUCAAGGAUACAACUCAAGGCUGCACAGGAGCAAAAGGAGGCCAAAUUGCUUGAAGUAUACAGCUCACUACUGCAGCAAGACACUAGUCAAUUGUCUGAGCAAGCAAGAAUAAAUCGAGAGAAGACACUGCAGAAGAUGGAGUUGAAAUUGUUUGGUGACAGUGGUGGCGAGUGAGAUGAAUUGCUGGCGGAGGAUGAUAUCUUGGAUGAUGUUGUUAGUGAGGUGACUAGUGUUUUGAAGGCCAACGUUGAAGCUCUUCAAGAUGAUCCGAUCCUCGUCUUCGUCCAAGGAAGUACAUCAAAAGGGAACGGGAGGAGGCUCAACAAAAUUUGUAUGAUGAUUAUUUCUCUGAAAAUCCUCUCUACCCUCCAUCUAUUUUUCGUAAAAGAUUUCGCAUGUCAAGGACACUUUUUCUGCGCAUUGUUGAGGAGCUAGGCAAGUGGUCUGGAUAUUUCACUACGCAGACAGAUUGUACUAAUCGUCAAGGCCUCACACAAUUACAGAAAUGUACAGCAGCUAUUCGGCAAUUGGCUAAUGGCAGUGCAGCUGAUCACCUAGAUGAAUAUUUGAAGAUUGGUGACUCAACUGCACUAGAAGCUUUGAAAAAAUUUGUGGAAGGUAUUAUUGUUGUUUUUGGCAAACACUAUUUGAGGCGUCCUACAAAGGAAGACAUUGAACGUUUGUUAAAGGUUGGAGAGAGUAGAGGAUUUCCUGGCAUGUUGGGGAGUAUUGACUGUAUGCACUGGCAAUGGGAAAGAUGUCCUGUUGGAUGGAAGGGUCAAUUCACUCGGGGUGAUCAAAAAGUACCGACUGUAAUUCUUGAAGCUGUGGCCUCACAUGAUCUUUGGAUUUGGCAUGCAUUCUUUGGUGUCGC